UUAGUUCACGUUAUUAUGACUUCUGUGCAUCCAGUAAAGAACCUGAAGUGCUGGACAUCCAGGGGGUUUCUGGGGCAGGGUGUUGUCCUGAGUCCCCGGGCAGCUCACAUUCAUAAAAGGGCCGAGCGGGAGAGGAGCUGGAAGCCGAGAGGAGCUGGAAGCCCAGAGGCAGCCAACGCGUCUGUGCUCAUGGAGGAGCUGGUGCCAGAGCCCACAGCCAUGGCGGGGAACCUGAAGGUGAAGAUGCUGGGGGGCGAGGAGUUCCUGGUGCCUCUGAGGCACUCCAUGCUGCCGCUGGAGCUGAAGCAGCAGAUAGCCCAGAAAACUGGCGUGCCUGCAUUCCAGCAGCGCCUGGCUACCCACCCUGCUGGCCAAGUGCUGAAGGAUGGGGUCCCCCUCGUCAGCCAGGGCCUGUGCCCUGGCAGUACGGUCCUGCUGGUGGUGCAGAGCUGUGAUGACCCCCUGAGCAUCCUGGUGAGGAACGACAAGGGUCGCAGCACCGCCUACGAGGUCCGGCUGACGCAGACCGUGGCUGAGCUCAAGCGUCAGGUGUGCCAGCAGGAGCACGCGCAGGCUGACCUGUUCUGGCUGAGUUUCGAGGGGAAGCCCAUGGAGGACCAGCACCGCCUCGGGGAGUACGGACUCACACCCCAGUGCACCGUGUUCAUGAAUUUACGCCUGCGGGGGGGUAGGGGUAGGGAGUGGGCAGGACCCGGAGGGCAGCGCUGAGAGCCACCUGCCCAAAUCUCUGACCGAGCGCCGGUAAUAAAAGUUGAUGCAAAAUUAAA